UUCCUCCUCCUCCUCUUGUCCAUCCCGGUGGCUUUGGCAGCAGCUCCCACCUCUUGCCCCGUCACCUGUUCCUGUAGCAACCAAGCGAGUCGCGUCAUCUGCACCCGCCGAGAACUCACCGAGGUUCCCACCAGCAUCUCGGUCAACACCCGUUACCUGAACCUCCAGGAGAACCACAUCCAGGUGAUCCGCACCGACACCUUCCGCCACCUCCGCCACUUGGAGAUCCUUCAACUCAGCCGCAACUUCAUCCGCAAAAUCGAGGUGGGGGCUUUUAAUGGUCUCCCCAACUUGAACACCUUGGAGUUGUUUGACAACCGCUUGAGCACCGUCCCCACUCAAGCCUUCGAGUAUCUCUCCAAGCUCCGGGAGCUCUGGUUGAGGAACAACCCCAUCGAGAGCAUCCCAUCCUACGCCUUCAACCGCGUCCCCUCCCUCCGGCGCCUGGAUCUGGGGGAGCUCAAGAGGCUGGAGUACAUCUCCGAAGCCGCCUUCGAAGGUCUGGUGAAUCUGAGAUAUUUAAAUUUAGGGAUGUGUAAUUUAAAGGAGAUUCCCAAUUUAACGGCACUGGUUAGACUGGAAGAACUGGAAUUAUCAGGGAAUCGACUGGGACGGGUUCGUCCCGGUUCCUUCCAAGGUUUGGGGAGUUUGAGGAAGUUGUGGUUGAUGCACGCGCGGGUGGCGGCGGUGGAGAGGAACGCCUUCGACGAUCUCAAAGCGUUGGAGGAGUUAAAUCUGGCUCAUAACGAGUUGGCCUCGUUACCCCACGAUCUCUUCGCCCCGUUACACCGCUUGGAACGGGUCCACCUGCACCACAACCCUUGGAGAUGCGACUGUGACGUCCUCUGGUUGAGUUGGUGGUUGAAGGAGACGGUUCCCAGUAACACCAGUUGUUGCGCCCGGUGUCACGCGCCCCCCGUGUUACGGGGACGGUACCUGGGGGAGUUGGAACCGGGACAUUUCACCUGCUACGCCCCGGUCAUCGUGGAGCCACCGGCUGAUCUCAACGUCACCGAGGGGAUGGCGGCCGAGCUCAAGUGUCGCACGGGGACGGCGAUGACGUCGGUGAAUUGGUUGACACCCAACGGGACGUUGAUGACUCACGGGUCCUACCGGGUGAGGAUCUCGGUUCUUCACGACGGCACCUUGAAUUUCACCAAC